GCUCGGCUCGUUGACAGCCCUUACCUGCCUUCCCUGCGGCUGCGGGUUCCCUUCCCCCUGCUCGUCUUCGUCCGCGCUGGUGGUGGGCAUCUAACCCGGCGCCGCCGAAUCCUCCUUUCGCCCGGCUUCCGCCCCGCCGUAGUCCUUCUCCUCUCCUCCGGCCGACGGCUGCUGCUCCUCUCUCGCUCGAGCGGGCUUGGAGAUCCGUCCGUCCCGGGAUCAUUUGCUGCGGCGGUUUUGCUUGGGAAGAUGGCAAACAUACGUGCACUUCUGGUCGGCUUGUCGCGGGCAAGGGGUUCCUUAGCAGAGGUGGGCAGAUGUGCGUCCACGAGGCCAUCACUUCUAGCAUCUCUGGGCGCACAUUACAAGAUCCCCAUGCCAGCCCACUGGUUCUCAUCUGCAGGGCUUCCUCCACAUCUGGUGGUUGGAAUGCCAGCACUAUCCCCUACUAUGAAUCAAGGUAACAUCGCGAAAUGGAGAAAACAGGAAGGAGACAAGAUAGAGGUUGGUGAUGUGAUAUGUGAGAUAGAAACUGAUAAAGCCACUCUUGAGUUUGAAAGCCUUGAAGAGGGGUAUCUGGCCAAGAUUUUAGCACCUGAAGGUUCUAAAGAUGUUCAGGUUGGACAACCCAUUGCUGUCACGGUUGAAGACCUCGAGGAUAUUAAAAGUAUACCAGCCGAUACAUCUUUUGGAGGUGAACAAAAGGAGGAGCAUUCAACAGAAAGUGUGCCACAAAAUAAAGUAGUUAAUGUGCCUGAACAAACCUCAACAGUGAGCCGGAUCAGCCCAGCAGCUAAGUUACUGAUCAAGGAACAUGGACUGGAUACGUCAUCCCUGAGAGCAACAGGCCCCCGUGGCACCCUUCUGAAAGGGGAUGUUCUGGCGGCAUUGAAGUCAGGUGUCAGUUCAAGUUCAAUCAAAGAAAAGAAAGCUCCAGCUCAACCUUCAUCUCAGCCAACUCGAGAUUCCCAAGCUCAAGCAUCCCCUGUUUCACAAAAGGCUGAUACAUAUGAAGAUAUUCCAAAUAGUCAGAUACGCAAGGUCAUUGCAAAAAGGUUGCUCGAAUCAAAACAGACGACUCCACAUUUGUAUCUAUCCAAAGAUGUUGUGCUGGAUCCCUUGCUUGCUUUCAGGAAUGAACUAAAAGAGCAACAUGGCAUUAAAGUUUCAGUAAAUGAUAUCAUCAUAAAGGCUGUGGCAAUUGCCUUGCGGAACGUCCCUGAAGCAAAUGCUUACUGGAACAAUGAGAAGGAAGAAACCCAAAAGUGUGAUUCAGUUGAUAUAUCUAUUGCCGUUGCUACAGAGAAGGGCCUGAUGACCCCAAUAGUAAGAAAUGCGGAUCAAAAGACUAUAUCUGCAAUAUCCUCAGAGGUUAAGCAGCUGGCUGAAAAGGCAAGAGCUGGGAAGCUUGCACCUAACGAAUUUCAAGGGGGAACUUUCAGUAUCUCGAAUCUUGGAAUGUACCCUGUGGACCAUUUCUGUGCAAUCAUUAACCCUCCACAGUCUGGCAUUCUCGCAGUCGGUAGAGGAAACAAGGUUGUUGAACCUGUUGUGGACAGCGAUGGAACAGAGAAGGCUGCUGCGGUUACAAAGAUGAGCUUGACACUAUCUGCUGACCAUCGUGUUUUUGAUGGGCAAGUAGGAGGCAAGUUUUUCACGGAGCUGGCGCUGAAUUUCAGUGACAUUAGGAGACUGCUAUUGUAAAUGAAAGGAGGCAAUUACGUGUUUUGAAGAAUUCUUUGGGGGCGAAAACCGCUCAAGAGAACAAUUAGAUGCAACGCGAGCUCUGCUGCUUGAUCGUUAGCCCGUACAAAAGUAACCAAUUUUGUAAUAAAUUAUAAUAAGAAUGCAUUGGCACCUCCACGGUUUUUUUUAACCCGUUUUCCAUUAGUUGGGAGGAGGCAUGUCCUGGGAAUUUAACAGGUACGGUGCCAUUUCAUGUUUAAGUUUAACGUGGUUCUGCAACAAUGACCCUAGAUGAGGCUGGCUGUGAUGUGGGCGGGUGAUCUUAUUCUUACUUGCUCUUUGAGCGUUUCUGGAUGGACGCCCAUUUUAUUUAUGACCUUGUGAUACAUGGAAGUAAUAACAGAAUGCAUUUCUUACUUUUUU